AGAGCUCCAUGCGUCCCGCAGUUGGGACUGUAUUACUGCUGGAGGCUCCCGGAACCCCGACUCUGCAGCCGCGCCAGCCCGGCUUCGUGGGGAUCAGGGUUGCAAAGUGAUAUUCCUCCUUUCUCUCUCUCUCGAGUUCUUCCGAAAUGAGGGCUCUGGGAGCAGUGGGAGCUGCCCGGGUCUUGGUCGCCCUGGUAGCGGCAGCUCUCUACGGCCACUCUCUGCUGGGAGUGAGUGCCACCUUGAACUCGGUUCUCAACUCCAACGCCAUCAAGAACCUGCCCCCACCGCUGGGCGGCGCUGCCGGGCACGCAGGCUCCCCAGUCAGCGCGGCUCCGGGAAUUCUCUAUGUUGGAGGGAACAAGUACCAGACCGUUGACAACUACCAGCCGUACCCGUGCGCGGAGGACGAGGAGUGCAGCACGGAUGAGUACUGCGCGAGUCCUACCCGCGGAACGGGCGCCGGCGCGCAGAUCUGCCUCACCUGCAGGAAGCGCCGAAAACGCUGCAUGCGUCACGCUAUGUGCUGCCCCGGAAAUUACUGCAAAAACGGAAUAUGUAUGCCUUCUGAUCAUAAUAAUUUCCAUCGAGAGGAAAUAGAGGAAACCAUUAUUGAAAGCUUUGGUAAUGAUCACAGCACCCUGGAUGGGUACCCCGGAAGAACUACACUAUCUUCAAAAACAUAUCAUAACCAAGGACAAGAAGGUUCUGUCUGUCUCCGAUCAUCAGAUUGUGCCACAGGGUUGUGUUGUGCUAGACAUUUCUGGUCCAAAAUCUGUAAACCUAUCCUCAAAGAAGGUCAAGUGUGCACCAAGCACAGGAGAAAAGGCUCCCAUGGGCUGGAGAUAUUCCAGCGUUGUUACUGCGAAGAAGGUCUGUCUUGCCAGAUUCAGAAAGAUCACCAUCAAGCCAGUAAUUCUUCUAGACUUCACACCUGUCAGAGACACUAAGCCAGCUGUCCAAAUACAGUGGACUCUUUUAUAUAAUAUAUGCUAUGAAAACCUUUUGUGACUUUCGCCACAUCAGCCCUUAAGGAUGUACAAAUUCUGUGAUUACAAUUAAGCAUUCCUAUAAUACCUUC